UAAUGUUGCAGAGAAGAAAAAUACGUAGAAUUGAUCAUUUUGGAUAUGGUAUCUCGCUUUAUUUCAAACUGAAAGACAAAGACAGAAAUCUUAGUUUCAUUUCUAACGUGAAAUUUUGGGAAAUUUUGAAUAGUUGUGCGUACGAAAUUAAAGAUAGGCACGGCGUAAAAUUUCGAUUUAUCUUGACCUGUAAACAACGGUAUGCACGGGACCGACAUUCUAAUCCGAGCCAGAUUUCUGACCCUCGUUAGUCACCUGUGUGCAUCUAUAACUUUGCUAUGGGGGACAGAGCAGCUGGUUCUACCCUGCUUGCCGAAAAUCGGCGACGAGAAUCUUUUCAAUAUGUACCACAACCGGUAUUCAAUGAGAACCAGCAUUGGACUAAGACGAACGAGUACACAGCCACCGGGUGGUCGUUUUAUUUGAUAUUGGCCGGAGUCAUCACCACCAUCGGAUCAUCCGUCCCUGUAGGAUAUAAUAUAGGUGUCGUUAAUACACCGGCUGAGGUGAUAAAACAAUUCUGUAAUGAAAGUUUCAUCAGCCGUUACGAUGUAGUGCUGGACGAGCAAUGGAUGAAUGUUCUUUGGUCUUCGGUGGUGUCUAUCUUCAUCGUCGGCGGGUGUACCGGCUCUAUACUUGGCUCGUACUUAGCUGAUAGCCUCGGAAGAAAAAUGGCAACGAUCGCUACGGGGGCGCUAUGGAUCGCGGGAGCUUUGCUCUUCUUGCUAUGCCGGACGGCUAAUUCAGUGGAGAUGCUUAUAAUCGGGAGACUUUUAGUCGGUCUAGCCGGAGGUCUGACUACCAGCAUAGUUCCCAUGUACCUGACGGAGCUGGCGCCGCCCAGACUAACUGGAGCCAUGGGUGUCGCGUGUCCCAUGGGGGUCAACGUGGGUGUUCUUGUUGGGCAAGUUAUGGGAUUGAACUUUUUGUUGGGGGGCCCGGACAACUGGCCGUAUCUGCUAGGGGCUUACGCGAUUCUAGUCAUUGUGUGUUUACCCAUACUGUUCAUAUUGCCGGAGAGCCCGAAGUACUUGUACGUUAUGAAACGCGACGAAGGAAAAGCUUUGGAAGAGUUGAGUCGUCUCCGCGGUGUUUCAAUGAGCCUGCUGGCGUCAGAGCUGGAGACUCUUCGUGAGGAAGCGGCCACGGCGUCCGUCGUCCAGCGCUACUCGAUGCUGCAGGUGGCGCGGGAGCCUGCCCUGCGCCUGCCGCUGCUCCUGGUGGUGGCGCUACAAGCGGGACAGCAGACCAGCGGGAUCAACGCGGUGUUCUACUACUCGCAAAUGAUGUUCGAGCAGGCCGGUCUGACGGCGUACCAGGCUCAGCUGGCGACGAUAGCGGCGGGACUCGUGAACGUGUGCACAGCCGCGCUCAUGGUGCGCCUCCUGCCGCGCGCCGGCCGCCGCCCCCUCGUGCUGCGCUCCGUGCUCGCCGCCGCCCUCCUCCUGGCCGCCCUGGCCGCCGCCCUUAACUACAUGGACGCGGCGCCCUGGAUGCCGUACGUGUGCAUAGUGGCCGUGUUGUCUUACGUCAACGCGUACGGGUUCGGUCUUGGACCUAUAGCGUAUUUUAUUGCGUCCGAAAUGUUCGAGGUGGCGCCGCGCCCCGCCGCCAUGGCGUGGGGCUCGUUGGCGAACUGGGGGGGGAACUUUCUCAUCGGAAUGUCCUUCCAAACGAUGCGGGACACCAUCGGCGCCUACUCCUUCUUGUUGUUCUCCGCCGUUACCGCAGCCCUGUACGUUUUUAUGAGACUGUACUUCCCCGAAACACGAGGAAAGACUCCGGCUCAAGUAUCACUCCUAUGCAGCCAAGGGUUCCGCUCCAGACCCCUCAGUACAUCACAAUUGCGUAAUGCUGACGUAUGAUGUUAUCGCGUACAGACUGUUUAUUCUAGUAUAUUAUUCGCGUAUUUCAGUGUCUCUAUACAUUUUAUAAACUAAGACUGGCUUGGUUUCUAUUCUAUUCUAAUAUUAAUAAUAUUAGAAUCCGACUGUUCAUUAGUCUCUCUGUUAGUUUUUUUAAAGAUUUAUUAAUUCUUACCCAUUAUAGUUAGUAGAAGUUGAACUUCGUAAUGUAGAAAAUUGUUUUGUUAUUAAAUGUGAUUGUACUAAGACGCCAUAAAUCGCGAUAAGCGUGUUAGCCAAAUUAUUAAUGUAUGUAAUUUUUUUUAUAAAUUCUCCACUGAUAGUCGUACGAAAGAAUAAUUCUAGAAGAAAUUUAUUUUAUAAUUAAAGAUAAAUCGACGUGUGCAUAAUGCUCAAUAACAUAAUAGUGUUAAGCAGAAUUCUACCAAAAUGAACGCUUCCAUCAUUUUAUACGUUAUAGUUUAUUAUAUAAGUAUUGUAAAGUAAUCAAUACUACUAUGGUUAUACGGUUUAAUCUUUCGUUUUGAAUUGUCAUCAUGCGACUGAUAAUGAAGGUGUAAUUAGUGGAUGUUUUGUGACUACCGUCAUUUUUAUAUAAAAAAUAUAUCGAGCGGUGAAUGAUUACUUGGUUUAAGCGACAUUUCGCUUAAUCCGCGACAUUUACCUUUGUUUUUUUUUUCAAUGUAGGCAGACGAAAAUACGGCUCACCUGAUGGUAAGUGGUCAUCGUCGCCCAUGGACGUCAGUAAUGCCAGGGGCAGAACCAAGCCUCUGCCUAGCGCUGAGUACUCUCCGCAAGCCUCGUUUGAAGAAGGACCUGUUAUUAAAGGUCCGUUUUAUUUGGUAUUAGUAUCAAGAAUUCGAUGUUUUAAAUUGAACAUCAAUUUAAUUAUUAUAUAAAAUACCCCAUUUAAAUAGUCGAAGAAGUUUUUUUGCUAUGAUUUAUUUUUCAAAUUUUAAACUUUAAAUAGCUUCUCCUGUAAAGUUGCAAAUAUAUCGCUUAAAGCAAAUAAUCUUUUAUCCCUCGAUAUUUAUUCACGUUUCAUUUGGUACCGAACGAACUAAUAGCAGAUUAUUAACUUCUGACAGUUUCACUUAGUAAAGGUGAAAACCCAAUACGAAACAAUUUAAAAAAAAAAUGGGGAAAAAGUCACGCAUGGUCAUCUGGCCCCAAUUUAGUACUCCCUGUGUUACGGGUAUCUGAGAGAUAAACAUAUUUAUUUACGUUUAAAUAUACACAUAUAUAGAUAAUAAACACCCAGACAAAAAACAAACGAACCUGUGUACUUAGUGCGAGUUUUUUAACGUUGUCGCUAGCGUAAAAGUUAACUAAAAUUUGUAUUGAGUUGAUCGUUUGCCUACGUUUGCCGCUAGAGGCGCUGUUCUAACUGCAUACAAAUUUCAGUUAACUUUUACGCUAUCGAGAACGUUAAAAAACUCGCACUAAGCACACAGUUCAUCACACUCAAGUCCGUCAAAUACCAAUAAGAAUGACAAUAGAAAACGCAAAAUGAAGCCGAAUAGUAGUUGUAAUUACGUCAAAGACUCGCCUUAAUCGGAGACAAUACUAAGUAUUGUCACUUUACAUAAAUAUAAUCUUUAUCCACCAAUUGUUACUUAGUUGUCGUUUAUAUUAAACAAUUUCAAAGUACAAAUCUUCUUAAAUAAAUUUAAAAUUAUAUAAAUUUACUGUAAGCUUCGGUGUAAUGUUUUAGGUUACAUAGCACAAAAUAUAUAUAAAUAGCUUAUAUCAACUUUCACUCUGCGAUAUAAAAUGUUUACUAUUCAAUUUUAAUAUUAAUGUGUAAGUAAAACGAAUCAAAUUCGUGUUCGCAGUAAUCCGAAUUGAACCUUAACUAUGAAGAUAUAAAGUAUAGUUUGAAAUUAAUUAUAUACAGGGUGUGUAAAAAGCGUUUUCGAAAACGAAUAUAUAUACAGGAGGUAUUUUUUUAUUGAGCAUCAGCAUUAAAAUACUUCCAACUUCCGUUUGGGGACAGGUAUACAAUAUAUUAGCACGAAUUUUCGAAGAUAUACGCCAAAUGAUGUGCUAACAUUAGGUAAAACUGUCGCAAAUUUAAAAUCUCAGAGUUUUCCUUAAAUUUAUUUAGAGAAAGAUCUUUAUAUAAAGAAAACCAAAUCCCGAACACAAAAUAGAAAUAAACGACAAUAUUUUUAUCAAUAUUUUUUAUUGCCCCUGUAGGCAGACGUGCAUCCGGCCCACCUGAUGGCGAAUGGCUACCGUCGCCCAUGGACUUCAGCAAUGUCAGGGGCAGAACCAAGCCGCUGCCUACAAAAUAGAUAGAUUAUAUAGUAUAGUAUAUAGUAGUAUUUAGUAGAAUAGGUUAUAUUAUAGUAUGUUCAAGUUUCGCGUCAAAUGCAACUCUACGCACCGCACUACUAGUACUAGUAAAAUAUCGACCGUGAGUUUUUUAUUUUAUUUUAUCAUAUCAGAAAUCACCUAGCGGUAUUCGUUUUCGAGAACUUUCUCAAUCCAUUCCGAGACACUACAUAGAUUUAAACUAUGACCAAUACCAAACUGUAAUCAAAUCACGGCAGAAAUAGGGUGGCGGUUUCUACCCGUGCGGACUCGCAAGAGGUCCUACCAUCAAUAAUUACAAAAAUUAUAAUUUUGCGGGUUUGAGUUUUAUUACACGAUUUUUAUUUGUAAAUAUUUCGAUUAAAAUGGCUGAGCUAUAGGCUUUUGUUAUCUUUAAAAAAAAAACAGUUUUUGUGCGCUUACGUAGCCAUGACUGCGUGGUCACGCAAAUAGGUACUCUUUGCUUGGUAUAAAUACACAAGUUUAUAAUCCGUAUGUUUUUUUCUUUUUUAUCGUCGGAAGGUCAGCGUGAGUGUCAUAUAAUUUUUAACGCACAAUCUGUUUCAAAGUUCUUUUUUGAAAUUUAAUUGUAGAACGUAAAAUUAUAUUGAAGAACAAUCCGUCGCACCAAAUUAGUUUUAGAAAGAUUACAUUUAAAAAAAAAGACACUAUAUUUACUUUAAUUUUCCAAUGUAAUAUUACGAUACGUCCGUUUGUUAAUCGACGACUUUAUAAUAAAGUUUUUAAGUAUAUAA